AUGCAACUUCAAUCGCAUGAUAAAUCUACACCAAGUCAUCGCAGGCUACAGCAUCGUCAUCCUUACGCUACCAGGGGAACUACGUCAACUUCAAUCCAUGCAUUAUACUACUACGCCUUUUGUGUCCCUGCCAUGGUUCUAGCAGCAUCGUCUAGUUCUUGCGGACUACCAUCGACGUCUACGGCGUCCACCAGUACAGUAACUUCAAGUACUAAUACAUUUACCGGCCUCCUCCGCCUCCUCAUAAUUCACCACCUCCUCCGCCUCCUCCUCCGCCUCCUCCGCUCCUCCGCCCUCCUCCGCCCUCCGCCUCCUCCGCCUCCUCCGCCUCCUCCACCUCCUCCGCCUCCUCCACCUCCUCCGCCUCCUCCGCCUAGCACGACAAAAUCGACAACGACUACUAGCGCGUCAACAUUGAUACCGCCGAUCCCGUCAACAGACAUCUGUAGUGAAAGUAAUGAUUGCGACGGCUCAUCAUGUGGACUCGAAGAAGCCCGAUCUCUCCAAGAGCUAGCUUUACCUGCUUUGUUCAAGCGUGUAAUGAGGGGUCCAGAGGAUUACGGCGGCGAUGUUACUAGAUUUUUCGUAACAGAGAUAUCUACUGCAAGGCAAGCAUUCAAAUUAUUGAAUUAUGGGGGGCAUGGGGCAGCCGCUAGGCUAGAAUAUUUUCGAGAUCAGGAUCUUACUACUGGCGUAAUUGGCCUUUUUGGGUGUACUUCGAUUAUCGUUAUAUCCACAGAAGCCGUAUGGGUGUCGCAUUGGUGGGAGAUUCCUACCUUUAUGGUACAAAGUUUCGCCGAUUUUCGAGAUCAGAUGCUUAUACCCCUAGUCGAGGGAGAUGGAGAUAGAAUACAGGGCCUUGGCGGGCUCACCGGCCCUGGACAACCCUUUGAGUCCUUGAAUGGGCCUAAAGCCUUUAUUGUAUCCGUCAGGCAGGAUGAUGGUCAAAGUAUUUUCGAAUAUGCGGGUAAAAUUAAUAUAGUGGAAGUUAAACUCAGAGCGCUAAUGCCCGGUAUUGGUAUUACAAGAUAUAAGUACAGAAGGAAUAAGGACGGAGCGAGAAGUGCCAGGUCACCUCUCGGGAAAGUCCUUAUUCAAUACAGCGCUACUGAACCAAACAACUGGAGAAAAUACAGGAUUUGGGUGGAGGCUCAGGAGGCGCUUGAAGAGUCCUGGCCGGCGGCAGAUACCAGUAGAAGGAGCUCGACAAUCAGCUCUUCCGGCUAUUCUACUAGCACCUCUAUCAGCACCUCUAUUAGCACCUCUGCCAGCAGUUCUCCGGUAGAGGUAGAGACAACUUCAUCUACUCCAUCGACAUCUUCGUCGGUAGCUCCUACCUCGACGAUGAGCUCAUCCCAAACGAUUUCGACCAUAAUUCCGGCGGGUGCUGUACCAUGCCCUAGUUUAGGAGAUUUUAAUACGCUGCCCUGCCCGGACGGUGAAGACGAAUCUGUCGCAGUAAUGGGAGAAAAUCCAGUAGCUAGUGGAGAUGGGUUUGCAUAUAACCUGCUCUCUGCCUGUGAUACUGCUCCAGUUACUGUAACACUUACCUGGUCUGAUAAUACGAUAUUCGUCAAGACAUUAGGUCUUCCGUCUGACCAUAGCAACGCGUUUGAUACACCUGGAAAUCGGGAACCAUGCUUAUUUUGGUCCGUGGCUGCUGCGAUUUCGAUUCCGGCGGGUGCUGCACCGUGCCCUAGUUUAGGAGAAUUUAAUACGCUGCCCUGCCCGGACGGUGAAGACGAAUCUAUUGCAGUAAUGGGAGAAAAUCCAGUAGCUGGUGGAGAUGGUUUUGCGUAUAACCUGCUCUCUGCCUGUGAUACUGCUCCAGUUACUGUAACACUUACCUGGUCUGAUAAUACGAUAUUAGCCAAGAUAUUAGGUCUUCCGUCUGAUCAUAGUAACGCGUUUGAUACACCUGGAAAUCGGGAACCAUGCGUAUUUUGGUCCGUGGCUGCUGCUUAG